AUGGAGAGGCGCCGGCCGCAGUGCGCGUGCGUCCGGGCGUGCGUCGGCUCCCCGGGCGAAGAUGGCGGAGCGCGGGUACAGCUUUUCGCUGACCACCUUCAGCCCGUCUGGUAAACUUGUCCAAAUUGAAUAUGCUUUGGCUGCUGUAGCUGGAGGAGCCCCUUCAGUGGGAAUUAAAGCUGCAAAUGGUGUGGUAUUGGCAACUGAGAAGAAACAGAAGUCCAUUCUGUAUGAUGAGCGAAGUGUACACAAAGUGGAACCAAUCACCAAGCAUAUAGGUCUGGUGUAUAGUGGCAUGGGCCCAGAUUACAGAGUGCUUGUACACAGAGCUCGAAAACUAGCUCAGCAGUACUACCUUGUUUACCAAGAACCCAUUCCCACAGCUCAGCUGGUGCAGAGAGUAGCUUCUGUGAUGCAAGAGUACACCCAGUCAGGUGGUGUUCGUCCAUUUGGAGUUUCUUUACUUAUCUGUGGUUGGAAUGAGGGACGACCAUAUUUAUUUCAGUCAGAUCCAUCUGGAGCUUACUUUGCCUGGAAAGCCACAGCAAUGGGAAAGAACUAUGUGAAUGGGAAAACUUUCCUGGAAAAAAGAUAUAAUGAAGAUCUGGAGCUUGAAGAUGCCAUUCAUACAGCCAUCUUAACCCUAAAGGAAAGCUUUGAAGGGCAAAUGACAGAGGAUAACAUAGAAGUUGGAAUCUGCAAUGAGGCUGGAUUUCGGAGGCUUACUCCUACUGAAGUGAAGGAUUACUUGGCUGCCAUAGCGUAGUAAUCAAGUGACUGAAUGACUGAAAUUUCAGAUCGUCUAUCUACUUAAACAUGUUUAAAGUAUAGUUGUUUUGCAGACUUUUUGCAUACUUAUUUCUACAUGGUUUAAUCAACUGGUGUUUUUAAAAUGACACUUAUAAAUCAUAAUAAACUGUUAAAUCCAACUUUCAGC